UCCGCCUGACUCGGCCUCGGGAUGCAGAGCGGCGGCCUGCCCGGCCUCGGCCUGCUGGCCCGCCGGCCCCGCGCCGAGAGCCUGGAGCGCAGCGUCGCCUUCCUGCAGCAACAGCACUCCGAGACGCUGGCCCAGCUGCACCAUGAGGUGGAGCGGCUGAAGCGCCAGAACAAGGAUCUUCAGUACAAGCUCAUCAUGCAGUCUGCCUCGCACACGCCUGAUUCUCAUCCCAGCACCAAGCCUUGUGAAAGGAGCAGUCCUGUGGAAAAGGCAGCUCUGAGCCAGAAGGCAGCAGAAAGAGAAGGUUCUACAAAACAAGCAGGAAAGAAGCACGUGAGUGAAGAACUCAGAGACAAAAUGGAGAGUACAGAAGAGGUAGCAACUAGAGUGAUGCAGAAGGACGCUGAGGCCCUCAUUUCAGAGCUUGAUAUUCCAGCACAGAUGGCUUCCUCCAGAGAGACAGAAGUCUGUGACAGAAUGACAUCCCCCAUACCUUUUCCAUCCCAAAGUCAAACAAAAAUUGGGGAAGUGAAAAUCCCUACAGCUUCUUCCAACCCUUUCUUGGUGAACGUGCUUCCGUCCCAUAUGCGGAAGCCACCGACACUGGAGGAGUGUGAGGUGGUCAUUCGCCAGCUGUGGAAUAUCAACCACAUGCAGAUGCAAGAGCUGAUGUAUUUGAGAGCAUGUAUAGAAGACAUCCACAAGACCAAAAGAAUUCCUGAAGACUACAUGCUAGCUGGACAGCUUGGGAACCAGGAUAUCACACGUUUGCCUAGAAUGAAGAAUGCUCCUAAGAAAUGUAGGAUUCUAACACCACUGCCUGCUGCUGAAAGAGCCGUGCUACCAGCACUGAAGCAAACCUUAGGAAAUGCUUUUGCUGAGAGACAGAAGAGAGCACAAGCUGCUCAGAGGAGCAGGCUUCAUCGGACUGUGCUUUAGCAAGUAGAGUUCAAUCAAUCCCCUUCUAUAAAUGGUUCAGAAGCCA